GCGGAAAGCCGCAAGGUCGUAAAGCGCCGUCGUGAAUGGGAUCUGCGUGGUGCUUUACGGCAGACAGUGGGGUCAGGGGUCACGUCGAACAGCGGCUUCAAGGACGCGAGCUCCGGAAGCCACGAUGCCGUUCCUCGACGUGAAGGCGUGGCUGGGCGUGGAGUUUGACCAGCUCUUCACGGUGCGCUCCAAGGACAACAUGGCGCGGCGCGCCGGCCGCUGCCACCUCUACGAGCAGGAGGUGAUCGACUGCUCGCACGGCCUGGGCACGGUGCGCGCCAGCAGAGAGUGCCAGCACGAGAUCGAGGACUACAAGGAGUGCCUGUUCAAGGCCAAGAUGAUCGAGCGGAUGAAAGCGAUCCUCCAGCAGAGGGAUAAGCUGAUCCAGGAGGGGAAGUACACCCCCCGGAAAUUCUCCGAGGUUGUGGGAAGUCCGUGAAAGAGCGGCACCACCAGGAGACAUCGGCCAGGGAAACAUCCACUCAAGUCGUGUUCGGUGCUUGCAGCAACUCUCGAAUAUCCCUCGGUGCUUACAGCAACUCUCGAAUAUCCCUCGGUGCAUUAUCUGGCUUGUGGAUUGAGGAAAAAAUAAAAUGCUUCACGUGUUCGCUGGCUUAAUAGCCGAUCCUCGCUUGUCAAGGGUCGAGCUAAAUUAAGAUUCCAGAGUAAACCAAUUCCUUUAAUGAGCAAUGCAAAGAGGGCACUCUACGUGGUCACCCCACCUGCCUCCGUUCUACGGAAACAAUACAUUUGCGAAUUUAAUAUGCACGUCUUGCAUUUUCCUUGUUUAAUCUGGAUCCACCCCUCCACAGCGCCGGAUAAUGGAAUGGUGGUAACUGUCAUUUUGUCCUUGGUGAAUAUAUUGGGUGGAAUUCUGUGAAUUAAACAACUUUCCCUAUUUUCCCCGA